ACCAUCCAUGGGAGACUUUCCACUGACUUCUCUAGGCACAGAAGGGAAAACAGAGGGUUUGGUGACUCAGGCACAAACUUGGGAUCUCUUCCUCGUGCUGAUGCUGUUGGCAAAUCUUUUAGGAUUUAACCAGAUUCAUCCAGGGACCACACACCACCAUCCCUGUGCCACUUAUAGGGCACAAGAGGAUGCACCACUUGGCAGGAGUGAAUUCCUAAUUGUGCUGUGCCUGAGUUCCCCUCAGCUGUGAGAUGUAACGGUGCUCACCCUGUUGUUGCAUGAUGGUGGAGAAGCUAAUAGCUAUUAAUGCCAGAGAGAUGCUUCCAGAUCUCUAGAUAAAAGGUGCUCAAGGAGGGAAAAUUAUUAUCAUCAUGGGCCAAAGAGCUACGGGGGAUUUGAAAUCUGUUUGUGUUUGUAGGAUGUAACCACUAAGGAGGGAGAGACUGGGACAAUGGAGCAUGCACAGCACUAAUGGAAUGAGCGUAGGAAAGAGGAUAUCUCUGGAGACCCUUAGAAACCAUUUCCCAGUGGUAAGAUCUACUUGGGUUGUUUGUUCUUCUUCCCAGAUGAGAGCUGCAGUCGUGGACGCUUUUAUCACUUACGAGCUGGACUAGAUGGAGGCCAGAGAGCGCAUUGUAGGGACGAGCCCGUGUGGCUCUCCAGUGGGAUCUAAUCUGGCUACUGUGCUCUGGAAGAGGAGGAGAGCGAGCCAGCAGGAGAGAGAGGAGAGAGCGAGGACCAUCGCAGGAAGGAGUGGACACAGCACACACCCAGGAUCCAGCUGGAGCAUCCCCACAUGCCAGGACAUUGGCACCUCUUCGUGGAAGCAGGGUGGCAGCUUGGCAGGGAGAUAACGAACCCGCGCCAUGCAGUCCUUUCGAGAAAGGUGUGGUUUCCAUGGCAACCAGCAGAGCUACCAGCCGACUUCACAAGAUACAUCACGCCUGGAGAAUUACAGGCAUCAAAGUCAGGCAGGGCCGAACUGCGAGCGGCAGAGGCUGGUGGCGAAGGAGUACUACAGUCAGCAGCAGCUGCCGUACGCAGGCUAUGAGAACAGCGCCGUGGAGAAAUACCACCGGGGAAACAAGCAAUUAGCAGGGCAGCAGCUGCAGGGCAGGCCGGCCUUUUCCAAUUACACCGUGCAGGAGAACAGCCCUUAUCCGGCCCGGUAUUCCGGGGAUGAGAGCCUGCAGGCCUGGGGUGGCCAGCCACAGGCACUGCCCGGCGGUGUGGCCAAGUAUGAGGACAACCUGAUGAAGAAGACAGUGGCGCUGGCGGGUGGGCGGCCGUACCAUGAGCCAGCGGCCACCUCGCUGCCCUUCCGGACUCACUUCCAGCAGCAGCCACAGCAGCAGCCGCAGCAGCAGCAACAGCAGCAGCAGCAGCAGCAGCAGCAGCCACCCGCACUCCCCUACCCCAAGCUGCAGAGGCAGAAACUGCCCAACGAUGUCUCCUCACCCAUGCCCUUCUCACAGAGCCCUCAUUUUGGGCAGCACUCCCAGUCCUUCCCUGCCUCCUCCACCUACUCCUCGGUGCCGGGGGGCAGCCAGCCGGCACACUCCUACAAGAGCUGCACAGCACCCUCGGGGCAGCCGGGUCUGGAGCGGCCCCUGGGCAGCGCUGCCAGCCUGGCCCCUGGCCCCCGCGUGCCCAACCUGCACGGCUACCAGCCCAACCGCAUUGGCUACGAGCAGCCCCCGCAGCCGCCGCCACAGCCCCCCCAGCCGCCACCACCGCAGCCCCCACAGCCACCGCAGCCCCCGCAGCCCCCGCAGCCCAUGCAGGGGCGGCAUCACGCCUCAGAGACCCUCCACUACCAAAACCUGGCCAAGUACCAACAUUACAACCAGCCGGGCCAGACCUACUGCCAGGGCGACGCGCCGCCCGUCCGGACGCCGGAGCAGUACUACCAGACCUUCAGCCCCAGCGCCAGCCACUCGCCGGCUCGCUCCGUCGGCAGGUCCCCAUCCUACAGCUCCACUCCCUCCCCUCUGAUGCCCAACCUGGAGAACUUCCAAUACAGCCAGCAGCCGCUGAGUGCCGGUGCCUUCCCGGCGGGCAUUGCAGACCACAGCCAUUUCAUGCCGCUGCUGAACCCUUCUCCCACUGACGGGACGAGCCCCGACACUCAAUCUGGGAACUGCAAAAACUUGCAGAAGGAGAAGCUGCCUGAAAACCUGCUGUCAGACCUGAGCCUGCAGAGCCUGACAGCACUCACCUCCCAGGUGGAGAACAUCUCCAACACUGUCCAGCAGCUGCUGCUCUCCAAGGCGGCUGUGCCCCAGAAGAAGGGCAUCAAGACCCCAGCGAGGACCCCCGAGCAGCUCAAGGGGCAGCACUGCAGUCCUGAGAGCAGCACCUACUCUGCAGAGCAGGUGGGGACCCCCCUGUCCGACCCGCUAAGCACCCCCCAGUCUGUCCACGCUGAGACACAGGACACUGACUAUCUCAGUGGGUCAGAGGACCAGCUGGAGAGGACUUUCCUGUACUGCAACCAGAACCGCAGCCCUGCCCGCGUCAACAGCAACUCCAAGGCAAAGCCUGAGUCAGUGUCCACCUGCUCUGUGACCUCCCCAGACGACAUGUCCACCAAAUCAGAUGACUCCUUCCAGAGUAUCCACGCCACCCUGCCCCUGGAGACCUUCACCAAGUACGUGAGCAAUGAACGGGACUGCCCCCGACUGCUCCUCAGCGCCCUGUCCCAGGAGGAGCUGGCUUCUGAGAUCAUCGUCCUGCAGGAUGCCAUCAACGAGAAGGCAGACAAAGCCUGGGCCAACUUGCCCAUGCUGGGCAAGGAGACCACCAAGUCCCCCUUCCAGCUGGAGAACCACCGGCCCAGCCUGGACUCCAUGGUGAAGGGUGCCUGGCCCAGCCAGGGUGACUCCAGCACGCUCACCGAGCCCCUCAAGCUGGACAAAGCUUCAGGGGCCAGCACAGGGAAGGACUUUAGUGAGGAGGUGUACGAGGGUCCCCAGGUGGAGUUUGCAGCUACAGAAAGCAAGGAUGUGCUCAAGGACACUGCUCCACUGGCCUUCAACUCCAAGCCCAGCAUCCCGGCAGCGACGUCAAGCGCGGGAGCCACCAGCUACAGCUGCUACUCAAACACCACCGCCAACUCGGUGGCGUCUGAGAAUGCCAUGGAGCAUUUUGAGUGGCCAGAGGAGAGCCUGGGUGAGGCCUGCCUGCGGUGGAAGGAUCUCCAGGCCACCGACCUCCCCAAGGGCUUGUUCCCCAGCAAAUUGGUGAGCUCCUGCAAGGAGAAAAAAAACGCCUGCAGCUUGGAGCUGUGCGAUGGAGAGGAGCCAGCCAAGAGCGAGCCGGUCCAGGACUUUGGCCAGCAGGUGAUGGAGGAGGAGGAGGAGACACUGACCUACGAUGAAGCAACAAAGGCAGACAGCGAGAGGUGGCUGCAGGACACCCGGCACUGCUGCUCAGCUGGUGACUUUAGUGAGAUCCCCAUCAUCUCCUCGCCAGAUCUGAAGGAGUCAGACUUGGAGGCAGAGGAGUAUUCCUCACUCUGUGAGCUGGCUGGCUCGGAGCAGAAGUCAGUGACGUACGAUGCCUCACCACCCAAGCCCCCAGAGAUGCCAGCUGUGCUGUCCUCCAGCGAGGUGCCUGUGUCUGCCGAGGAGACUGUCAGCACAGUGGAGAAGGAGAGCUCAGCUCCCACCCCACGCCUCUCUGGCCAGUCUGUCAUCCUGCUGGGCCCUGCUGUGGGCACAGAGACCAAGGUGAAGAGCUGGUUCAAAUCCUCCCUGCCUCACAUCCAGCCUGAAGAGGAGAAUGGCGGAGGGGAGACGUCUCACCUGGAGGCAGCUGAUGCUGAAUCCGCCUCAUCGGUCAUGGUGAAGCAGCAACUGACGCCCGAAAAUGUGCUGGGGAAGAUGGAGCCUGUCUCACGGGGCAAGAGCCUCCGCAACAAGAGGGUCCACUGCCGGCUGCCGGAGGGGGAUGGCCCCAGCGGCACCGUGCUGAGUCCAUUCGAUGAGCUGCCAGCAGCCAGCAGCGUGGCCGGCGCCUGCCUGGGGCCAGACGGACAGACGGAGGUACCGAGCAAGAGUGCCCAGAGCCAAACACCCCGGUUUCCAGCCGAAGGUCUGCCAGCACGCAUGUGCACCCGCUCCUUCACCGCCCUGGCCGAGCCCCGCGCCCCUGCCCCACUGGAGGGACUGAAGGCACCUGCGCACCAGGAGAAGCUGGGGAAGAAGCCCGGCUGUGGCGUGAAGCAGCGGGUGGCUUUCAAAACUAGGAAGCGUAACAGCCGGCCGGCCCCCAGGGUGGUCCAAAAUGCCAGUGAUGCCACCCUCCUGGUGCCCAGCUUGGUGGCAGCGGAGGAGGUGGCAGGGCCAACACCGCUGGAGGGGGAUGCGGUGGAAUCCGGGGAGAGGGAUCAGCGGUCGAUGAUCCUGCGUUCCCGGACAAAGACACAGGAGGUGUUUUACACCAAGCGGCAGAGGGGCAAGCGGGCAGCUGAUGUCCGGCUGAAGAACUGCAAGGCGCCCAAAAAGCUCAUAUCCAACAACCACCUCCCACCUGCCUUCAAGCUGCCAGCGCCGGGCAGCCCCCACAAGGAGGGCAAGGUGGGUGCCCGGAUGAAGCUGCCCAAAGCAGGGCCGGGCGUGGGGGGCAAGAUGUCAGAGCGGCCACUGCACUCACUGAAGAGAAAGUCCACCUUCAUCUCCCCCAUCCCCACCAAGAAGAGAAACCUGGUCCUGCGGAGCAACAGUGGUGGUGUGAAAGAGGAAAAGCCAGAGGGACCCCCCAGCCUCUUCAAGAAGAUGCCGGUGGCCAAGAAGGUGAAAUCCAAGCUGCCCCCGAAGAACUCUGGCGAAGCCAUCCCGAAGCCCCCCCUGCCAAAGGAGGCCCCUGAUGUCUGCAUCAAGAUCACCUCCCGGGCGGCCUUCCAGGAGGCCACCAAGACCAAAGUGCUGCCUCCCCGCAAGGGCCGCGGCCUCAAGCUGGAGGCCAUCGUCCAGAAGAUCACCUCACCCAACCUGAAGAAGUUCACCUGCAAACCAGCGGCCACAGCGGCGGCAGCCACAGUUGCUGCCUAUGGCUCUUCCCUGAGCCCGGUUGGGGCGGAGCGGGAGCGGGUGGUGAAGCACGGUGGCGUGGCUGUGGCCGUGGGCGAUGCGCGGCUGCCCAAGCUGGCCGCAGCACAGAAGGUGCCCACGCUGCCGGUGGCUGAGCCGCUGUGCCGGAACCCCAAUGGCCGAGCGCCAAAGGGGAAGCCGGGUGGUGGGAAGAAGCUGCCCCAUGAGGGCUGCCAGGGGGAGGCUUGUGGGUCAACGCCGGGGACCCAGUCCAGCCCAAACAUGGUGGCCAAGAACCUGGGGCUCCUGCCCAAGAAGAGGAACCGCAAGGGCAAAGCAGCAGCGCUGGGCAUGGCCAAGGCACCCCUAAGCCCUGCACUGCCACCACCACUACCCCGGGAGCGUGUAGCCGGCCCGGGUGGUGCGGAGGAGGCGCCUCGGGAGAAGAAACCAAAGACUGAGGAGAAGGAGGCGGGGAGCAGCGAUGGCGCCCCUGAGGGACGCUCCGCCGCCGGGCCGGCGCGGGGGCCGAAGCCGCGGGCCAACCACUCCAACUACAACGGCUACUCCAAGCGGCAGCGGAAGCGGCUGGGCCACGGCAAGGCCAAGGCGGUGCCGGCGCGGUGCAAGAGCCGCGGGAAGCGGCGGGGGGGGGCGCGGCCUGAGGCGGCCGCCGAGGCGGCCAAGCAGAGCGCGCUGCGCUCCAGCCCGCGGGGCAUGUUCCGUCGGCUGCAGAGCUGCUACUGCUGUGACGAGAGGACAGAGGGAGAGGAGGCGGCCGAAAAGCCCCGGCGGCACGAAUGUCACAAGGCCGAGUCCCCGCCGCAGGAGCCGGCGGGCGACACGCAGGAGCACUGGCUGCACGAGGCCUGUGCCGUAUGGACCGCUGGGGUUUUCCUGGUGGCGGGGAAGCUCUAUGGGCUGCAGGAGGCUGUCAAGGCGGCUGCCGACCUGAAGUGCUCGAGCUGCCAGCAAGCGGGAGCCACCGUGGGCUGCUGCCAGAAGGGGUGUCCCCACACCUACCACUACGCGUGUGCCAUCGACACAGGUUGCUUAUUAACUGAGGAGAGCUUCUCUCUGAGAUGUCCCAAACAUAAGAGGCAGCCGGUGUAGCGCCCGCGGGCACCCGCCCCGCCGCCAGCGAGGGACCGGCAGAGGAGGCAGCGCCUGGAGCAGAGCGGGGCCGGGCCGGGGACCCCCGAGCCCGCUGCGGGCGGGCGGAGCCAGCGCCGGGCUUUCCCUCCCGCCGGGUCCCGGUAAAACCCGGUCUGGAUAAGCGGGGGACGGAUCGGGAUGCCCCACCCGCGAUGGCUGCACAGGGGGGCGGGGGGUGUCCGUGUACAAGGGGGGGUCCCGGCGAUGUUGUCUUACUGUGGGGCCGCCGGACCCUCCGUGGGUCCCGGCUCUCAAUAUCACACUGAUCUGAUCUGAGAUGUUGCCUUCAGCAAACCUCAUGGUGUCUGUAUAUAGUUCAGCGAAGAAGAUAAAAAAAGAACAAAAAAAGACCAAAAAAAAGGAGAAAAAUUAGAAAAAAAAAAAAAAAAAGGCAAACAACGGCCUGCUGUUUGAAACACCACUCUGCUUUUUCCGUUUUGUUCGUCCAUCUCCUAUUUGUCCCCAUCACACCAGGGUCCCGGGGGGCUAAGGGUGCUUGGCCAGGCUAGUGGGCACCCACCAGGCUGCCCCAGCCCCGCUCCCAAACCCCAGACCCUGACUCAUUGCACCCCCCACCCUCCCAUCCAUGCGGCGCUGGCACUGCUGGGCUGGGGACACCUGGUCCUGCUGCCCAGGACCCCCCAAAACCCACCCUCCUGCCUGUGCUUGGCCUCACCAGCACCCCUUCUGUGGCUCCUCUUGUGGGGGCUUUGCUCCCUGUGCUUGUGCUGAACCCCACAGCUCUGUGUGCUGGAGGAGGAGGAGGCAUUUGCUUCUUCCCCUCCACACGGGCCUGGCUCACCCUUCACUGCCCUGGGUUGGCUCAGCUCCCUUGGCUUUUGCUUCCUGGCCACCUCAGUGGAGCUGGGGGACUGCCCAACACUUUGGUGACCCCUGUCCUUGUCCCCAGGCUCCACAGCCCAUCUGUGUCACCCACACCCUGACACAGGUAGCAACCAGCCCAGGGUAAACCAACCCCAAAUCUCUUCCUAAAAACAGCCACUGGC